CUCCUCAAAAGUCAUCAGAGGAAGAGAUGACGCGUUAAUGUGGCUCUUUAUAAUUCUAAUUAUUAUUAUUAUUAUUUUUUUAAAGAAGAAUACUAAGAAAUUGCGUAUGGUGGUGUUGUAUAUAUAUAUACAGCCUCAAAUUCCUAUCAUUUUGGUAUGAUUGUGUUUGAGAAUUGUUCUAGCUGCAAAAAAUUGCCUUGUUUUUAUUGAAUAUACAGAUCUAGACUAGUUUAUAUUCCAAAGUUUCCAGGUUUUUAAUUAGCUUAUAUUUCUUGAAAAAAAAAAAAAGAAAAAACUUUCUUUGAUUUUUGGUCAUCUCUAUUCCUUGUAGUCCCUCGUAAGGUGUUGGAAUUGAAACAAAGAAUGGAUGACUUGAAAACCGCUGCUCAAAAUGGCGAUUUGAACAUGCUAUACUAUUUAAUUUACAAUAAUCCAUCUCUACUUGAUCACAUCGAUGAGGUAACAUUUUUCGAUACUCCUUUGCAUAUAGCAGCUCAGUAUGGGAAGGUCGAAUUUGCAAAGGAGAUAAUGAAUUUGAAACCAUCAUUUGCUCGGAUGCUAAAUCAAAGUUUAUAUAGUCCCAUGCACCUUGCCUUGUACAACAAACAAAUCAAUAUGGUUCAUUUAUUUCUAGAAUGCGAAGCGCCUGAUCGUCUUGUUCGCAUUCGAGGAAGGCAUGGUGAAACUCCUUUGCAUUAUCUGGCUGCAAAAGAAAACGAUGUGGAUCAUCAACAACAAAAGAUUCUUCUCUUACCGAAAUUCAUAUCGGUUUGUCCACAAAGUAUCCAAGAUACGAAUAAUCGAAAGGAAACCGCUUUUCAUCUUGCUGUUAAGUCUGAAAAUGAUGAUGCUUUUGAUUUCUUAUUAGGCGGACUGCGAAGAGCUUGCCAUAAAGGCUCUGAAAUGGAUGAGAGGAAAAUUAUAAACUUGAAGGAUGCCAAUGGGGACAAUGUGUUACACAUUGCUACCGCUAUGAAUCAAUCCCAAUUAAUGGAUUUAACUGUGUCUUAAAAUAUCUAGCUAGAACAGAGAUAAUAGGUACGUAUAAAACUUACUACAAAUAUCCAUGGGAAGCCAGAAGCAGAACUCCACAAACCUUGCUAAUCUUGUCAAGCAACCAAAUCUCACAAAUCUCAAAUCUCAAUUAUUUGUUAUGGAAAAACCAAGCAAGUAUGUUUCUCUCUGUGUAAACAUGUUGGUACAUAUAGCAAUGUUGUCUUCAGAAGGGUUUUUUUUUAUUGUAAUAAAAUUUUGUUAAUUUCCAAUAAAAAAAAAAGAAAAAGAAAAAGGAGUUAAGUGCUAAUUGAUUUCAACGACUUUUUCAGUUUUAUUGAUUUUGCUUAAUUUACAAAGAUAAAUAUAAAAAAUACAAUAAAAAUAAUUCUAUUUUAAAAUUCAGUCCAAUCUAAUCUACCAAACAAAUAAAUAAAUUAUAUACAUACUAUACCGUCCAAUUUUAUCCAAAUCUCAAAUAAUAUUUAAUCCUUUCCAAUCCAAUAUUAUUGCAUGCUGAAUAAGUGGUUCCAAAAAAAAAAGAAAAAAGAAAAGCCAUUGGUAAUGAAAUUUAUUUUACUUGGAAUGGUGAUAGUACGCAUAUAAGUAGACAUUUCAUAUAAUUUGUUAACACCACAUGAACCUAUAUGAAAUUUUUAGUGCUCAAAACUAGAUAUAAUGGUCUAGAUCCAUAUAACAGAUCUAUCGUUAAGAUUCAUUACCUUAAUGGGUCGUAAACUGACAAUAAGUACACAUUUAAUCCAGGUGCUAAAAUUUAAAACUAUAAAUAAAAAUAAAAAUAAGAAAAAAGAAAUAGGGUAUCAGCCAUAACAAAUGCCAUGUUCAUAAUUGUAAAUUCCAAGGCUAAAAGUAUUUUAGCCAUAACAAAAUGAAAUUAUUAGUUGUGGUCAAUAACUCUGUGGCUACAAGUUUUUAACCAAAAAAAAAAAAAAAAAAUUGUAUUUACUAUAUAUUUUUAGCCACAAUAAUAUUUGUAGUUAAAACUAACUGUCGUGGCAAAAAGUGGUUGUUCUAACCAAACCAAAGUAGCUGAAAAGCGAGUGCUAAGAAUUUAUUUAUUUAUUUAUUUUUUUUAGUGUGAGUUGGUAACUUGGAUGGGUUCUCUCUAAAACAAUGAAUAAAUAAAUAAAUAAAGAAGAAAAAUUGCAUAAAACAGUAGAGGCACAUGCCGUAUAAAUUUAAUUACCUGCGUGGUAUGAUUUAAUUAUCUAUAAUCAUGCGUAACAUCAUACCACGAUAAAAUAAAAUAUAUAAAUCUUUUCAAAUAUUUAUUAAAUGUCAACUUAUUCAGUGGUUCGUUAUUGUUUCACAUCAACCAUAUAACGGUUGUAUAUAAGCAUUUGCUCUCACAGAAAGUAAAGGUUGAAAUACUCAUGCUGGUAAAAAAAUGCUAAAGCAAUCAAAAUUUUCAAUAAAAUUUUGUUUAUCAAAUAAUAUGACAUGAGAUUAAUGGUUUACACAAAAUUAUACCUAGAUUUAUGAAGAUUGAACCGUGCAACAAAUUGUUUGGUAUCCAAGAUUUGGUGACUCCAUCAUUAUUGCUAACAAAUACAUAAACUUUUGAACUCUAAAUUUUUGUUUUGAACUCCGUAAUUUUUACUUUUGAACUCUAAAUUAU